UGUUUUUGUAUUUCGCUCAUAAAAAACCCUAGCCUUCCUCCUCCCUCUGCAACUUCCGGUGCUGUCGGAGGCAUGGACGGAGCUCCCAUCGAAGACGGUUUUCCGGCGGUGAAGCUCUUUAACCAAGGCUACUCCUACACUUACGAUGACGUUAUCUUCCACCCUGGUUACAUUGACUUCCCCGCCGACGCGGUCCAGCUUGGCACCAAACUCAGCCGCAACGUCCACCUCUCAAUACCCUGCGUGGCGUCGCCGAUGGACACCGUCACCGAAUCUGCCAUGGCCGUGGCCAUGGCCACUGUUGGCGGCGUCGGAAUCAUCCACUCCAACAACUCCGCUGCGGAGCAGGCGGCGUUGGUCCGUUCCGCCAAGUCGCGGCGUGUUCCUUUCGUGUCGGAUCCAGUUGUGAAGUCCGCGUUCGAUUCGGUGGAUUCGGUUUCGGAUUUCGGUUCUGCGCCGUACGUUUUGGUGACGGAAUCGGGAACGGCAAAGUCGAAGAUGUUGGGAGUGGUGUUGAGGUCUGAUUGGGAGAAAUUGAGCGAUAAGGGAGUGAAGGUUUGUGAGUAUAUGGUGAGUUCUCCGGAGUCGGUUCCGGCUAGCUAUGAUUUUGAGCAAGUGGCGGGGUAUUUGGCUGCAAAGAAGCUCAGUUUUGUGCCGUUGGUAAGGGAUGAUGAAGUGGUGGAUGUGGUGACCACGGCGGAUGUGGAGAGAAUUCGUGGUUUUCCGAAACUGGGGAUGCCGUCGUUGGAUGCAAAAGGCGAGUUCUUGGUGGGAGCGGCGAUAGGGACGAGAGAGUCGGAUAAGGAAAGGUUGGAGCAUUUGGUGAAGGCAGGUGCCAAUGUUAUUGUAUUGGAUAGCUCACAAGGGAAUUCAAUUUAUCAAAUUGAGAUGACCAAGUAUGCCAAGAAAAUGUUUCCGGAAGUUGAUGUGAUUGGUGGGAAUGUGGUUACGAUAAGACAAGCUCAAAACUUGAUUCAGGCAGGGGUGGAUGGGUUGAGAGUUGGGAUGGGGUCUGGCUCCAUUUGCACCACACAGGAGGUUUGUGCAGUGGGAAGAGGGCAGGCCACUGCUGUUUACAAGGUAUCUUCUAUUGCUGAGAGAAGUGGUGUGCCAGUCAUUGCUGAUGGUGGCAUUUCAAACUCUGGGCAUAUCGUCAAGGCUUUGACUCUUGGAGCAUCUACGGUGAUGAUGGGGAGCUUCUUGGCUGGAAGCAGUGAAGCUCCUGGGGCCUACGAGAAUAAGAAUGGUCUCAAGAUUAAGAAAUAUAGAGGCAUGGGAUCCCUAGAAGCCAUGACUAAAGGGAGUGAUGCUCGAUACUUGGGUGAUACAGCUAAGCUGAAGAUUGCCCAGGGUGUUGUUGGAGCAGUUGCAGACAAAGGUUCUGUUUUAAAGUUUAUACCUUACACAAUGCAAGCAGUUAAGCAAGGGUUCCAAGAUCUUGGUGCGUCUUCUCUGCAAUCUGCUCAUGACCUGCUAAGAUCAGAGUUAAGGCUUGAGGUGAGAAGAACUAUUUCUCAUUACCAUUCUGUUCUAUUUACAUGGAUUAUCUGCUGGAUCUUCCUGCAGUACAUGAUGUAUCAAUAAAGCAUUCUGUGCUAUAUGCUUUGCAGAUAGCCAAAGGUUGUAUUAUUAGUGGUUUUUCUACCUCCAUCUAGUUCUUUUAUGGCAAAAGAAAAUUGUUUUGAGCUCUUUCUUUUUCUAGCAGAAAACUUGUUUGGUUCUCUCUACCAACAGCUCCAGAUGAAGCUUUCCAAAAGAACUAGUGAUCUAGAUAGCAAACAAUCCUUGUCUUGAACCUAUGGUUCUGUGCACUCACUUCUCAUCUUGGUGUCCACUUGAUUGCUCUAUAAAACCAAACGAGUGCUGAUGAAUUCAACUGUUUUAUAUAUAUAUAGAUAUAUUUAUAUAUAGAUAGAUAGAUAGAUGGAUAGGUAGGUGUUUAUGACCAGUUUAAGAAAGUGAGUAGAUCCCCUUGUAGCUGUCAUUUCACCCAAAAUGUGGUCCCUUUGAACUUAUGGUUUGCACCAUUUUCUAGCUUGGACUCUUGUUUGUGAUCAUCCUCCAAUACUCUUUUCCUUUCUAUUCCCUUGGUUUGUACUCCGCCUGAAGAUUUAUUGUUUUUCCUUCUGCUUGUACAGGUCCGUACUGGAGCAGCGCAAGUUGAAGGUGGAGUUCAUGGGCUGGUUUCUCAUGAAAAGAAGUAUUUUUGAUCUCUCAAACUAUCAAGCAACACUUCGGCUGCUUUUCUCCUGGUAAAUUAACUUUGAAGUCUAUUCAGGGUUGAAAUAUGAUAAUAUAGCAUGAGCAACAAUCAAGUUAACCAGAGCUGGGGCAUUCACUUUGGAGAGCUUCCUUGUAUAAUUCGUUUUCAUUUUAAUGUAUUCUUGUAUUUGAUGUGGAAGAAAAGUAACUUGCCCCACAGGGCGAUGGAGUCCUGGUCAGGAAUAUUUAUCCGAAUUCUUCUUGAGAUACUUUGUUUAGUUUUAACAUGUUUUGGAGAUUUCGUCUUGUUGAUAAUAUAUUUAUUACCUUGAAAUUUUA